CGCGCCUGCGCACAUCGCAGCGCUGGGGGGGUCGACGGGGCAACGCGGCGCCUGCGCAGAGGGACGAGCGGACGGCGGCGCUCAGGGCACAGGGGCCGAGACCUCCGUGCCGGAGGUGUAUCUCCAUGAAUAACUUAAAUGACCCCCCAAAUUGGAAUAUCCGGCCCAGUUCCAGGGCUGAUGGGGGUGAUGGAAGCAGAUGGAAUUAUGCCCUGUUGGUUCCAAUGCUGGGACUGGCUGCUUUUCGCUGGCUUCUUGGACAGGGAGAGGUAGCACUGCCUCCUCACUCCCAGGUGGGAGUGGACGUCCAGGCUCCCCACUCGUCCUCCAGCCCGUUGACACCAAAGAAGGGCCCCCUGUUACCGCUGGGCAAGAGUGGGAGGUCCAGCUCGCCUGCGAUCUGCUGGUGCUUCCACACGGGAGAAUCCCCACAUGGCUUCCUCUGCCACCAUCAGUGCCCCUCAGGCUUUGCCCACAUGGAUGGAGGUUGGAUUUGGUCUAGGGAGUCCCGAAAAGAGAUAGAAAAAGAGAGGGAAGCAUACCAUCAGAGAACAGCUGCCUUCCAGCGGGACCUCGAAGCCAAGUACCGUGCCACGAUCUCAGAAAGUCGGCGGGCCGUGGCACAGUUGUCCCUGGAACUUGAAAAGGAACAAAACAGAACGACUAGCUACCGAGAAGCCCUCAUCUCUCAGGGGCGCAAGAUGGUAGAAGAGAAGAAGCUUCUGGAACAGGAGCGGGCUCGGGCCCUGCAGGAGAAGGGGCAGCCCUUGCGGAGCGCGUACCUGAGCUACCUGGGCAAGGAGGAGGAGUGGCAGCGGAGGGCCAGGCUUCUGCUGAGAGACUUCGAGGACGCUCUGACAGAAAGACAGAGCGUCUACUGCAGUCUGCUUCUCCCUCGCCACAAGCGGCUGGAGAUCGAGAAGAGCCUGCUGGGCCGAGCGUCCACCGACCCAGUUGCUGCUGACCUAGAGAUGGCAGCUGGCCUGACCGACAUAUUCAAGCACGACACAUACUGUGGUGACAUCUGGAACACCAACAAGCGCCGAAACGGGAGGCUUAUGUGGCUGUAUCUCAGAUAUUGGGAACUACUGGUCGAGCUGAAAAAGUUUAAGAGCGUAGAGAGAGCCAUACUGGAAAAGUAAGACGGGGGUGAAUGGCUCAGCGUCAGACUGUUGUGUGUUCUGGGUUAUCCGAUGCUUUCCUUCUGCCAGCGCUCCCUGUGUUGUGGCCACGCAUGCACAGCCACCUCUCAGCAGCGGCCUUCCACUCCCAGCACCCUCCGAGCAGGAUGGCGAGGCCUCAGGAGACUCUCCGUCCCCCUCGGCGGCUAAGGACUCAGUCUCUCAGAAGCGUGUUUUAAGCCGUCAAUAUUUUAUUCAGCGGAACAGGGUAACCCCAUAGCUUUAGGGAAAAAUGGUUUCUAAGAAUGUGAAAUAUAAUAUUCAUCCUUACUGUAAGUCGUUUUUUUGUCUGUUUUCAUCACUCCCUAAAUAAACUCUUUUUUCUCCUCAAA